AUGACGUACGCCGACACUCUGCCCAAGAACCCCGUGAGUAAGCAGCGUGCUGAACACAAAGACUGAAUGUGGGGGCAGGGCAGCAGAAGCGCAACGGUUUCGUGAGCUGACUUGAUCGAACCUGAAUACACGAGCAGGGCGAGGCCGCGCAGGACAGACAUUCCCACAGUCUUCCAGGUGGACAGUCGGGUCCCAACAAAGCCGGCAACACCGCGCCAUCCGGAGCGGCAAUUCUAGGCACCGAGAUUGGCGGACAAGCCGAUGCUCGUAGAGAGCGCGCUCAAGCCAUCAAGGAGGGCGACGUGCUUCCUCCCGGCACCGAAGCGCAUGCCAAUGCUGGACAAUUGGGUUUUGGAGGUUAUAGCGGUGCGGAUGCUGGCGUGCAGGAACCCUCUCGCGGUGAGAGGCAACAAUUGCAACAGGAACGCAACGAGGAAUGGAAAGGCAGCGAUGCUCGUGAGUACCUGGCGCGGGCGCGGCCCACUCAUGAGCGACAGGGGAAUGGGGCUCUGCUACGCUCAGAUGCGUGGCCAUUUUUUAUUGCAUUUAUUCACUCUUAAUUGACUGUAAUUCCGCAACUCGUCGACUUUGCGCGCGCUUGUGCAGCCGACCUUGGAGCCAUUGCGAGGAGCAGCGCCGCCUCGGGUGCCCACAACGCUGCCAAUCGAUCCGCCGAGGGCGAUUUUACAAUGAGUGGCAAUCGUCGUCAAGACGAACUGUUAGACACCGUGGGACGCAGCGUGGGAACGGAAUCUGGCACUGGCGCUCAUGACGGUAGCAUCACUCGCGAUGCAGGCGUGAGUAGGAACGCGCUGCUUCUUUCCCCCUCCCAAACCAAAUCGUACCUUUGCUCAUACUGACCGCCAAUUUCCGUUGGGCACGUCUCCCUCACUCAGACCGAUCGAAUUGCUGAUCCUUAA